GCUAGAGAAAGCCCCCUUCAGUGUGCCUGUGACGUUUAAGGACUUGGCUUGCUAGAAGGCUCAAGAUGAUGACAGCAAUGAAAAUCCAGCUGGUAUGCAUGGUAGUGCUGGCUCUCAGCUCUUGGAGCCUUUGCUCAGAUUCAGAAGAGGAAAUGAAAGCAUUAGAAGCAGAUUUAUUGACCAAUAUGCAUACAUCAAAGACCAGUAAAGCAGGUGUUUCUUCUUGGAAAAUGACCCUGCUAAAUGUUUGCAGUUUUGUGAAUAACCUGAACAGCCAGGCAGAAGAAACAGGAGACCUUCGUGAGGACGAGCUUAUUUCAAGAAGGAAAUUUCCCACUGCCUUAGAUAACUUUAGCUUGGAAGCGAUGUUGACAAUAUACCAGCUCCAAAAAAUCUGUCACAGCAGGGCCUUUCAACACUGGGAGCUAAUUCAGGAGGAUGUUCUUGAUGCUGGAAAUGACAAAGAUGAAAAAGAAGAAGUUAUAAAGAGAAAGAUACCUUACAUUCUGAAACGGCAGCUAUAUGAGAAUAAACCUAGAAGACCCUACAUACUAAAAAGAGGUUCUUACUACUACUGAGAGGAUAAAUAUUUUAUUUACAUGUGAUUGUGAUUUAUCACCCUUCACUUAAAUAUCAAGUUAUAUUUGUGUGGUAAUGUGACAGUACACAACUAUUGUGUCUUUCUGCAAUUGUGGUUUAUUGGAUACGAUUUU